GCUGUCACAGCUGAAGAUCAUCGUGAGACAGGCCUACUCCAGCCCGCCGAAGCACGGCGCCGCCAUUGUCAACCAGAUUCUCACGAACCCCGAGCUGAAAGCCAUGUGGCUUGGGGAGCUGAAGCUGAUGUCCAACCGCAUUGUGGACAUGCGGGUGGCUCUCCGACAGGCCAUUGAGGCCAAGGGCACGCCUGGCACGUGGAACCACGUGACCGAUCAGAUUGGCAUGUUCACCUUCACGGGCUUGACGAAGGACCAAGUGGUGCGAAUGGUCGAAGAGUUCCACAUCUACAUGACGGGGGACGGACGCAUCUCAAUGGCCGGCCUCAACCCCUCGAACGUGGAGUACGUGGCCGAAAGCAUCGACAAGGCCGUUCGCGGCAUCUGA